AUGGUGGUUAAGAGUAAGCUGGAAUCCGAGCAUAUUAACAAUCUUGGGAAUAUCUUUGAGAUCCUAAGGAGGCACAAGCUGAAACUUAAUGCUUCUAAGUGCUCUUUUGGUGUCGGAUUAGGGAAGUUCUUGGGAUACAUGGUUACCCGCCAUGGAAUUAAAGUCAAUCCCGACCAAAUUAGGGCAAUCAACAACUUACAGCCACCUUGGAAUCUUAAAAAGGUCCAGAAAUUGACAGGAAUGAUUGUUGCCCUAAGCCGAUUCGUCUCUCAAUCAGCAGACAGGUUGAGCCUGGUGCUUGUACAGGUUGAUAGUGGUGUACAGAGGCCAAUUUAUUAUGUAAGCAAGUCACUACAUGAGGCCAAAGUCCAUUACUUACCACUGGAGAAGGUCAUUUUAGCAGUAGUGCAUGUUACGCAUAAGCUCUCCCACUACUUCCAAUCACAUACAGUUGUUGUCCUCACCCAACUUCUGCUUAGAUCUCUUUUUCGGAGUGUUGAUUACAUAGGGAGGAUUGCCAAGUGGGGUACGAUCCUAGGGGCUUUUAAUAUCAAGUACAUGCCUUUCACAUUUGUCAAGGAACAAGUCCUUGCUAAUCUGGAGCCUUUAUCUUGGAGGGUAUACGUUGAUGGUGUAGCAAAUCAAAGGGGGUUCGAAAUAGGGCUAGUUCUAAUAUCUCCUGAGAAUAUCACUAUUAAGAAAUCCUUAAGACUGGACUUCUCGGCCACCAACAACGAGGGUGAAUAUGAAGCUCUAUUGGUGGGGAUGGCCAUGGUUCAAAAAAUGGGCGGAAAGGUAGUGGAGAUAUUCUCAGAUUCAAGAUUGGUCGUAGGCCAAAUGGGAGGGGAGUUAGAAGCCAGGGAUGUGAGGAUGCAAGAAUAUUUUAAUCAGGUCAAGCACCUGCAGUCAGGAUUUGAGUCUUUUAGCUUGCUGCAUAUUCUUAGGGGUGGAAACACGCAUGCUGACUCUCUGGCGACUCUUGCAAUCUCCUUGGCACAGGAUUUACCUCGGGUCAUCCUUGUUGAAGACUUGUGCAAGCCUAUUGAGGUGAAGAGAGAGAUGGUCCACAUCCAUCAAAUUAGGGUAGGGCCUAGCUGGAUGGACCCUAUAGUGCUAUUCCUUAAGGAAGAUAUUUUAUCCGAGGAGAAAUCAAAAGCUAACAAGGCAGUAGGGAAUAAGAGAUGGUUGUUGGUCGGCAUGGAUUACUUCACCAAAUGGGUUGAAGCUGAACCACUAGCAAAUAUCAGAGAUAUGGAUGCCAAGAGAUUUAUCUGGAAAAAUAUUGUCACUCGGUUUGGAAUCCCUUGUACACUCAUCUCAGACAAUGGUUUUCAGUUUGACAGCAAAGCCUUUAGGAGGUAUUGUUGUGACUUAGGCAUAACAAAUAGAUAUUCCACCCCGGCAUAUCCACAGGAAAAUGGACAAGUCGAGGCUGUCAAUAAGGUCAUAGUGGGUGGGCUCAAAAAGAGGCUAGAUGACGCAAAGGGAAAGUGGGUGGAGGAGUUACCACAUGUCCUUUGGACAUUUCGGGCUACACCUCGUAGGCCCACUAGAGAAACGCCCUUUUCAAUGACUUAUGGGGCCAAGGCUGUGAUUCCUCUAGAAACGGGAUUUCCAACGCUAAGAACAAGCUCUUUUAUUCUAAGCAGUAAUGACGUGCUAUUGGAGAAGAGUUUAGAUCUAAUUGAAGAGCAAAAAGAAAAUGCUAUGGUUCAGCUAGAAUACUAUCAACACAAGCUAAAGUAA